AUGCUUUACUUCAUGAUUCUCACCCCCUUGCUGGCGCUCGGCGCCAUAGCCAUUCCAUCGAAGAGUCAACGACCUCGUGCCAACGACACGUGGCAAGCUCUCCUAUCAAAUACUACUCUUGCACAAGCUGUCGCAGCAAAAGAUGACGAGAUCUUCAAUUCCGCAAAGGAGCUCGUGGAGAGUGCUGAAGUUAGUAAAGUCCACACGUCUCAAGUCUAA